AUGACAGCAACAACAAAUUCCCCGGAACAAAAGCCGCAAAACCACCAAACCUCAACCCCUCCCCCAUCAUCGGAAAAGGAAGAGAAGCUUCCCUACUGGCAAGUCAACGUACCGCCGCAUCUACGGACUGAAACCUGCCCUGACUUCCUCCGUGACGUAUCCCCCAAAGAUCGGGGCAUCCUCAGCACCCCAGACAGCUCCUACCGGCUGGACACAUGGGAGGACGUCCGGGAGCGUGUACGCCGCAACCAGCUGGACCGCUUCCAGCGCGUGCCGUCCGAGCUGCGUCGGUACCUGGCCUUUACUUGGAGGUUGCGCAAGGAGUAUGGAAGCGUAAUGCGGUACGUGCUGGAGAAACGGCUCGGAUGGAGGGAGCCGGUUGUGGCCCGUGGCAAGGGGCCGUUUGAGGAUGAGUCUGAUUUCAAAGUGCUGAGAAACGACUGGCCUUAUGGGGUGGAUCCCAAAAUUGUGCAUCUGGUGGUGUGGACAAAGUUUCCACUGGAGGAGGACCCGAAGACCGAAGACUUGACGGAUCAGGCGAGGGCACAGGUCGACGCCUGGGUGAACAAAGUGUUUGUGGAAAGGGUUGGAAAAGAUCGCGUUGUCUGGUUCAAAAACUGGAUGUGGCUCAAGUCGGUCAAGACUGUUGAGCAUUUCCAUGUCAUGUUGUACGACCCCGAUCCAGAGUUCGUUAGGGAUGUUACCAAUGGUGACGUUCCGCUUUGCGAGCGGGAAGAGUGGUGA